AUGGACAUUGAGAAGUUGGACUUUUGGAAGCAUGGCCAGCUUGGUAUUGAUCAUUGUUUGGGAAAAAUCAAUGGAAGAAUUGAAUAUUGCCAUUAUGUUCAGGUUUAUGCAAAGGGUGGGAAGACUAUUAUCUUUACUCAGACUAAACGAGAAGCUGAUGAAGUCUCGAUGGCAUUAGCAUCUGAGGCAUUGCAUGGAGAUAUAUCUCAGCACCAGAGAGAGAGAACUUUAAAUGGCUUUCGGCAAGGAAAAUUUACAGUGCUUGUUGCCACAGACGUUGCUUCUCGUGGGCUUGAUAUUCCAAAUGUUGAUUUGGUUAUCCAUUAUGAACUUCCCAAUGAUCCUGAAACUUUUGUGCAUCGGUCUGGUCGUACUGGACGUGCAGGCAAGGAAGGUACUGCCAUUCUGAUGUUCAGUAGCAGUCAAAGGAGGACAGUUGGAUCUCUUGAGCGUGAUGUGGGGUGCAAGUUUGAAUUUGUUAGUCCACCAUCUACUGAGCAAGUUUUGGAGUCAUCAGCUGAGCAAGUGGUUGCGACUCUAAAUGGAGUUCAUGCCGAGUCCGUUGAAUUUUUCACCCCAACUGCCCAGAAAUUGAUUAAAGGACAAGGCACAAGUGCUCUUGCCGCUGCACUUGCACAUUUGAGUGGAUUUUCCAAGCCUCCUUCAUCCCGAUCUCUCAUUAACCAUGAGCAGGGAUGGAUAACAUUGCAGUUGACACGGGAUCCAAGUUAUUCUAGAGGAUACUUGUCUGUUAGAUCUGUCCCUGGUUUUCUUUCUGAUGUUUAUACUGCUGCAGCAGACGAAGUUGGAAAAAUAUAUUUAAUUGCUGAUGAAAAGAUUCAAGGGGCAGUUUUUGAUCUUCCAGAGGAGGUUGCUAAAGAGUUAUUGAAUAAGCAAUUACCACCUGGAAACAAUAUUUCCAAAAUCACAAAGUUGCCUUCAUUACAAGAUGAUGGGCCUCCCAGUGAUUACUUUGGCAGGUUUUCUAGCAGAGAUCAAUCUGCUAGGGGCAGUAGUGCCAGAGGCAGUAGGGGGGCCCAGAGAGGUUUUAGAGCCUCCCGGGGUAGGGGUGCUGGUUGA